AUGGUCACAACCCACCACGGCCCCGUCGUCGUCGAAUUCUACGACGAGGCAUGCGCCCAAGCCAAGGCGAUUUCUCUUUGGGUCACCCACCUCGCCAACAAGUACUUUGAGGUCGUGAAGUUCUACGAGGUGAACGUGCGGGAGGAGAGUACGCGGGAUAUCGUUGCGAGGCUUAAUAUCGCGCAGAAUGAUGCCCCGACCUUUUUGAUUUAUCAUGGUGUCGGGGAUCGCAGGGCUUGUGUUAAUAUAGGGUCGAACUUUGCUCGGCUGGAGGCUGUGGUUGAGGCCAUGGCUAGCCUGGAAUAG